AUGUCGACUGUCAGCAUGGACGCCUACGCUCCAGUCGAUGUUGCGCAGCUCGUGGCCCGUGCCGGAGUAGCCAAGGGCAAUAUGCGCCUUGACAAGGUCUUUUUCAGUGCCUUUUUUGCCGGCUGUCUGCUUGCCUUUGCGUGUGGAACGCUCCUGAUUACAAGUACAACUGCAUCGUUCCAAGAGAAUGCGCCCGGCUUGAUUCGCAUGAUAUCCUCCCUGGUCUUCCCUUAUGGGUUGUCUAUGAUCAUCUUGACAGGAGCGGACCUCUGUACUGGUUCUUUCCUGUACACCACCGUCGCUGCCCUCCAACACCAACUCCCCUGGUACAAGAUGCUGCUCCACUGGUUUGUGACCUUCUGGGGCAACCUCGCUGGAUCCCUCUUCAUGGUUGCCAUCAUCUUCGGCUAUGGCAACGUCUUCGCCGCGGACCCCUACAAAUCCGAAGUCAUCGCCUUCGCUACCAAGAAACAAGUCACCCCGGACUUCCACCAUAUCUUCCUCCGCGGCAUCAGCUGCAACUGGCUAGUCAGUCUGGCCUGCUUCCUAGCCAUGCAGGGGCGGGAUCUCGCCUCCAAGCUCGUGGGCAUCUGGUUCCCAAUCUUUGGCUUUGUCUCGCUGGGUUUCGACCACGUCGUCGCCAAUAUGACUUUUAUCCCGAUGGGGAUCUGGCUGGGUGCGCCUGAGAUCACGGUGGGGCUGUAUAUCUGGAAGGGGGUCAUUCCCACCCUGCUGGGGAAUAUUGUUGGGGGCGGAUUGUUUGCUGGCACGUACUACUGGUAUAUGUACCUCUUGAAUGGAGAGGGGGGUACUCUGGCUUGGAUGCGCGAGUCGGGAAUGAUAACGCCCGGUCAGAGGAUUUGGAGGCCGUGGCUGCUGAUAAGCAGAACUGAUUGA